CCGCUUUGUUCCUUCAACGACGGUGACUCAUCAGUGUUAUGUAAUUCAUGUAAUCUUUGAUUUAUGUCUCCUCAGUGGGCCUGCCUGUCCUCCCUUGGCUUCCAGAAGCAGCCCCACUUCUUCUCCACCAUGGCUCCGUCCUCCCUCUCCUCCUGCUUCUGCUGCUGCCCACGUGCUUGGCGCUGCUCCAGGUCCUCAGCCUACACUCUGGUUCUCGGCCUGGGCUUCGUCUCCCUGGGGACUAGCCGCAUCCUUCUGCUCAAGUUUUCAGCCAAUGAAGAAAACAAAUAUGACUUUCUCCCAGCCUCUGUAAACUUAAUGGCAGAGGCCAUCAAACUGGUCUUUUGUUUGGUGAUGGCAGUACGAGUCAUCAUUCGUGAGGGUCGAUCAUGCAAAGAGUUAGGAUGCUCUUCCAGGGCUUCAUUCUUCGCCUACAUGAAGUGGUCUGUUCCAGCAUUCCUUUAUUUCCUUGACAACCUCAUCAUUUUCUAUGUGAUGGCCUACCUACAACCAGCCAUGGCAGUGCUGUUCUCUAAUGUCGUCAUUCUCACCACAGCCAUUCUCUUCAGAGUCGUACUGAAGAGACGUUUGUCCUGGGUGCAAUGGGCUUCCCUGGUGAUUCUGUUUUUAGCCAUCGUGGCUCUGACCCAUGGCACUGGAGGCAACCAGCAUGCCAUAGCUGUGCAUGGCCUUCACCCCACCCACCUUUCCACUCCCUCCAAUGGCUGCCUUUCCUAUAAUCGUCUGGAGGCGGAGCACCGUAACCAUACCGGCUCUAGCUGGACAGAGGGACUGCAGAAUGAGCUGUUAAACAGCCAGCUCAUUCGCAAGCUCAACAGCUUUGGGCUGGGCUAUGUGCUGCUGCUGCUUCAGUGUUUUACCUCCGCUCUAGCUAACAUCUACAAUGAGAAGAUCCUCAAAGAAGGCGAACAGCUGACGGAGAGCAUCUUCGUCCAGAACAGCAAGCUUUACGUUUUUGGCUUGAUCUUCAACGGCCUCACGCUGCUCCUGCACGAGGAUUACCGUGCGCUCACGCUGCACUGCGGCCUGCUGUAUGGUCACAACAUCUUCUCCAUCAUCCUCGUCUUCAUCACCGCUGCCCUCGGUCUCUCGGUAGCAUUCAUCCUCAAAUUUCGCGACAACAUGUUUCACGUGCUGACCGGCCAGAUCACGACAGUCAUCGUGACUACGAUUUCGCUUUUCCUGUUUGACUUCCGUCCAUCACUGGACUUCUUUCUGCAGGCUCCUGUGGUCUUGCUUUCCAUCUUUAUCUAUCACAGCAGCCGUCUGAAGGACCCUGAAUAUGCCCUGCAGCAGGAGCGACUGAGGGUCAUCAAUGGGGAGGUGUUUGAGCGGUCAAGAGGGGACGGAGAGGAGCUGGAAAGGCUAACUAAGGCUACCACAGAGAGUGACACAGAAGAGGAGUCUCUUUAGCUGUCAUUACAGCAUCAUGAACUUCUUUCAUUCUAAUUGUCUGUAACUGCUGUCCAGCUGAGUGCAGCUAUCAUGUGCAUCAUGCUGAAUGUGCCUGUAUAUACUAUGCUGUAAAGAAUCUUAAUGAUACGGUUUGAGCACUACUAUCAUGUGGUUUUCAAGAUAGGUGAGAGUGCGAGCGCUGAGUUGUUUGGUUUUGAAGACAUGCCGUUCUCUUCUCCAAAGAAGUGAGGCCUAAGUAAGAAAAUAUCAUAGUUUAAUUUCUUGUAUGGGUUGAGGGGAUCAAGUUAGAGAAAAUGGAUUGAUGAUUAAGUUCUUCACAAUAUGUUUGGUUUACCUGAUAAGGGAUACGUGUAUUGACCAGGUAAGCAGCUCAAAGAAAGAGUUUUAUUACAUAUCGAACAUUACCUUUUUGCCAUGGGAUCCAGUUGCCUCCAUUGAGUACUGUGGUUUACAUAAUCCUGUUACAUAAGUCUAAUAUAUAAAGUGCCAUGGUUCUUUGAUGUUAUGAGUCAAAUUCACUUUUGUGGUAUUGUUAUAUGUCUCUCA